AUGAGCUUAGGUUUCUUUUUUUCCCCCUUUACGCGGAGUAGACUUCCAUCUCGCUUCUUUUCUCUCUCUUCCCUUCUUAUUCUUCUGUUUCGGCUUCUUCGCUUCUUUUUCUCUUUUUUUCUCUUUCCUGAUUUCCUCUUCGCUUUGGCUCUUCUCUCAUUACCGUGCCAUGACACAACCUUAAUCAUGUGGAAUUCGAAAGGGUGUCGCGAUUUACUUCGAAAAACCAUCUCCCUCUCCUUCUGGUUCGACGACUGCUGGCCGGCCUCGCGAAAGUACUGGUUCGGCCUGUUGUUGAUCUCCGUGAUCUGCGCCAAAUGUCUCCACAUUUACUCACAUCUGAAUUCCCUACCACUAGGGCAAUUGCUCCUUUGGGGCCCAACAUUCUUUUUGCAGGAUGCAGUGGUCGUCCUAUUGACACAUCUGCUGUGCGCCAAGUUCCAGAGCCGAUGGGUCCGGAUAGGGGCAGCCGUAUUGGUGGUCCCACUGAGUUUGGCAAUCUCCGGCCUCUCCGCCGCCAACAUCUCCUUCUACGUAGCCACUGGCGCCGAAAUCCAUUGGCGCCAGGCGCAUAAUUUCCACGGCGACGCGGCCGCCGUCAAAACCCUGCUCACCGGCCUGACUGGUUUGUUUAUCGUCGAAAUUGCCUUCGCGGCGGCCGCCUGGUUCACCACCCCGCACUUGUACACCUGGUGUAAAGGAGUGGUGGCGGUGUUUAAACGAGUGCUACCCGCAGCCUGUCGUCGGAAACGAUCUCCGAUCCUCAAAAGCUAUGAGCAGGUCGCCCCCGAGGAUUGGGACGACCGGAGCGCAUCGAAUGUCAGUCUCGAGCUGCAAGACCCAGCCGCGCCACCACAGCAGCGACAAUCGCUACUAGUGCGGAUUUUGGUCUGGGGCCUGGCGGCAUCAGUUCUUCUCUUGUGGUGCCUUCGCCCGGCAAACACUGCAUACAGCUUCUUGUCGGAGACAGUCAUUGUCACGCCGUUUGAUAGGAAUCACGAAACCGAGAAGUCUUCGGUCAUUUUGCCCGAGCUGACCGGCGAUUACUCCUGGCUGGGCAAUCACACGGCCCUGGCGGCUACCCCCAAGUUUGACUGGUUGCCCGCCCAGAAAAUCCCCGGGUUCAGCGACUGGUAUGAGAAUGCCAAUGGCACCAAGCCCGUUCACUAUGAUCCCAAGCAGGACCCGAUCCAUAUCUCUAACCUCGACAACGAUGUGCUAGAACCACUGCGCAAGGCUCUGGACACAGGCAAAGUUAACAUCAAACACGUGUUGCUUCUCAAGCUGGAGAGCACUCGAGCAGAUGUCUUCCCUCUGCGCAAAGAGUCCUUUUUUGGCGACGUGAUCAGCAAGUCGUACGAUGACAAAAUUCCAGCUGAGGUCGAGGAGCGACUCGCAGGUCUGACACCCACCGCAGAGCGGUUGAUGAAUAUGGCUUCUGGUUUCAACGGAAAUGACACCGUCCCCAACCCCUAUGGAGGUUUCCACACGACCAACGCGUAUACCGCAGACACCUUUACUCUCAAGAGUAUUCUGGCUACUGUAUGCGGAGUGGCUCCACUGGUUGUGGAUUUUAACCAAGAGUACUUGUACCACAUCUACCAGCCUUGCAUGCCACACAUCCUGAACGCACUCAAUGGCCAGAUCAACCAGACUGUCAGCUACAGCAACACCACCAGCAGCAAUCAAACUGAGAGUAUGGGCAACACCAACAACACCAAGUCAGACGAUUACACAACUUGGCCAUGGCGAUCUACGUGGAUGCAAUCUAUCACCGACGACUACGACAACCAAGACCUUCUGACCCCUGCCCUAGGCUUCGGGGACAUAGUCACCGAUGUCACCCUUGAAAAGAACUGGAAAAAGUCUGGCCAAACAGGACCCAAGAAAUAUAACUUCUGGGGAUAUCCCGAAAGGGAACUCGGAGACUAUUUCCGCGACGCUAUCAACAACGCCGAAAAGAAUCAAGAACGCUUAUUCAUCUCACACUUGACUGGAAUCACCCAUCACCCCUGGGAUACCCCAGAUGGCACCUACGAGGAAAUGAUGUCCCACGGCUGGUGGGGCAAGGGCAAGAAGGUGAAUCGCUACCUCAACACACUUGGUGUGGCCGAUGAGUGGCUGGCGCAGCUUUUGAGCAUCCUGGAAGAAACAGGGGCUGCCGAUGAGACCUUGGUCGUCAUGGCCGGUGACCACGGUAUUUCCUUGCCAGAGAAUAGCGGUGUCACUCCGUACGACAAUCCCCACGUCGCAAGCUUCCAUGUUCCAAUCGUGUUUGCUCACCCUCAAAUUCCGCCCAUUGAGAUCGACUCCCGAGUAACCUCCAUGCAAAUCCUCCCAACAAUUCUUGACCUUCUCUCCGAGUCCGGAUCCCUGGACAACAAAUCCAAAGCAGCUAUCAGUGAUCUCCUCCCUCUGUACGAGGGCCAAUCCAUGAUCCGUCCCACCGUCCCAGAGAAAGACGGAAAACAAGACUGGCAAUUCUCCGUCAUGAACACCGGAGGAACGUGGCUGGCCCUGCGAUCCGCUGCCAAGCCAUACCGUCUCAUCAUCCCUCUCAUCUCGGACGUUGAAUGGCGAUUCUCGAACGUUGAUCUCGACCCCCAUGAAUUGAAGGCCCUACAGGACUUCAACCUUCUCAACCUGAUGGACCUUGUUCUCCAGGAACACGACGAGGACGCCGUGCAGUGGGUUAAUGAUGCGGCUCACGUCGCAAAAUGGUGGGUUGAGGAGAAUUGGCGCCGUUACGAAUACGUGCCCUGA